UUAUUCGAUAUUCAUGAUCUACUAGUUCUCCCACGUCAGUUACUAUGGAAUGCGGUUGCAUGCGGCCUUGACAACAGACAGACUAACAGAAAUCUAGGGGAAAGAAAAGUGAUAUGUUUUUUGGCGGGCCCAACACCUACGUAAAUAAUAAACAGCCUUCCGGUGGCUGUGAUCGUAACUUUUGCUGGGCAGGUGGUCUGAAGUGGGUCACUGGAAAGGAUAUAUAAAGUCUGUCAGCAGUAGGUUAGGUCACAACAAGCGAUAGGCACCAAAGAACAACAGCAACAGUGGGUGAAGAUUCGUGGUACCGUAUACACUGAGAGCGACUUGUAUUAUUUGUGGAAAGCAACUUCAAGUUUUUGGCGGCUGUUGCAAAGCCAGCAUCAUGAGGGCUGUUUUGCUUUUUUCAAUCUGCAUAGCAAGCUCAUUCAUUGAGCUCUUGGCUAACAGGAAUGUUGGUCAUUACAAAGGAGGUUCCAUAACAUGGAAAGCAGACGAGAACAACCCAAACAACGUGAAUGUAUUCUACCGUCUGAACUUCAGACACCAUUACACGAACGGCUAUCUCCACAAUCAGUGUACUGACCAGGCUAUCGAAGACCGAUCGGUGCUGAACACAGAGGGUUCGUUCCGGGUAGACGGCCAGUGGAUCUCGUGGGCCAAAUACAUAUGCACGGACUACGAUGAUGCUAUGGACUGGUCCGCUGGCUACUUCAUCAUGCCUUACACACUGGAGCCAGGGCAAACUAGAGUUGAUGUCAACUUCAAGGAGUGCUGCUGGCCGACCACAGUGGCCAACAACGGCAACGACCAGGGGAACGGCAGAGGCUGGAACAUGGUGUCCACCAUAGAUAUCUCCCCGCGACCGGACACCGGCCGGCCGAACAGCCCGCCCGUUGCUGGUAGUUUCCCCGUGUACAGGUUGUACCGCGGAUGCAAGUACACGCGCUACAUCAGAGCUUGGGACGCGGACGGUGAUAUGUUGCGUUGUCGAUGGACCGACCCUAACAGGAAUGAGUGUAAUGACGACGAUGGAGACAUCUGUGGGGAGCUUUACGUAAAUGCUGACAGGACGAAAAAAGGCGCGAUCCUCGAGGAGGACACUUGCAAGAUCACGUUCAACCGGCGCAACCCGGCCGGCACCUACGCCGUGGCGCUGAUGAUCGAGGACUACUCCCCUUCCGACCCCAGCACUCCGCUCAGCCGCAUCCCCGUCCAGUUUCUGAUUGAGGUGCACCCGAAGGACGGCAGGUGCAGAAAGCCGGAACUGAUUGGCGAAGACGGUACCUGCACCACCAUCCCCGCCGGCCGUGAGACGCGAAUCCCCCUCAGAGCUCGUAGUUCCUUCCCUGACUAUCCUAUAACUUCCUUCGAGACCAUCAAGCCUUCCGGCGUACAUGUCACCCCUUUGCGGAGAGUGGACGGGUCUAACGAUGAGUACACAGUAACACUUUCCUGGGUACCAACUAGAGAUCAGAUUGGACGUCACGUGAUUUGUUAUGAAGCGGAAGAAGCGUACAAGUUCUCAAGUGAUAUGUUCUGCAUGUAUGUAAAUGUUGUAGACGCGGCUGACUUUGGUCCACCAUUGGUGGUUGAUCCGUAUGAGUCCACGCCACGACCCGGAGCCAGGCUAAGAGGGGAUACCAUCAGCAUUGCAUACAGCAGAGAGAUCCGGAAAGCCUCCAGAUCUACUUUCAUCUCCAUUCUCGAAGCCAGCAACAACCCUCUGUAUCAAGUUGACUCAUCCUCCUCCGAUGUGACAGUCAGCGGCCAGACCCUGAGCUUCACUCUCCCCUACGAUCUUCCACUGCAACGCGGCACCGCCUACAAAGUUCGCGUGGACGAGGGGGUGGCGAAGAGUGCCGUGGACUGCGAGGCCGCCCCACUGGGCGACGAGUGGAUGUUUGUCUUCGAGUCGUUCUGUGACGGCGAUAAUACCCCGCUGGUCGUGUCGCCCGCUGAAUCUGUGCCGGCUCCAGGCGCCGAGAUGUUUGGAAACGUUGUUAGCGUCACAUACAACAAAGAGAUCCAGCAACCAUCGUCUAGUGCUUACGUCACUAUCUACGACCGCACUGGCUCCUCCAUUUUCAGAGUCGACACUUCAACAGCUGAUGUAACCGUUAGCGGCAGGACCCUGAGCUUCUCGGUACCCUUGACUCUGUCACUGGAACACCGGGGAUGGUACCGGCUCCGAGUGGAUGAGGGCGCCGUGGUUAGUGCUCGGGCGUGUGAGCAAGGCUUCCCGCCUAUGGCGGAGUGGGACUUUGUCUUCGUCACGUUCUGUAGCGACGAGGAACCGUACGAGCCUCUAACGGUUCUUCCUAGCCAAUCAGUUCCCUCUCCAGGGGAGAAUUUUGCCGGACAAACUGUAAUGAUAAAAUACAACAAAGAGAUUCAGAAAUCGUCUGACUCAGCCUACAUCACAAUGCUGGACGCCUUCGGCUUCCCCGUUCUCCAAGUCGACACAUCUUCCCCAGACGUUACCAUCGACGGAGACACCCUGAGCUUCGUCUUGUCCUUGGGUCUCCCACUGCAGUUCGGAGGGGGUUACAGCAUCCGCGUGGACGAAGGGGCGGUGCGAAGCGCCCAGGACUGCGACCUCGUCCCACCACCUCCAGCCGAGUGGGACUUCGUCUUCGUCACGUUCUGUAGAGACGAGGAAUCGUACGAGCCUCUAACGGUUCUUCCUAGCCAAUCAGUGCCCUUUCCAGGGGAGAAUUUUGCCGGACAAACUAUGAUGAUAAAAUACAACAAAGAGAUUCAGAAAUCGUCCGACUCAGCCUACAUCACAAUUCUGGACGCCUUUGGCUUCCCCAUUCUCCAAGUCGACACGUCUUCCCCAGACGUUACCAUCGACGGAGACACCCUGAGCUUCGUCUUGUCCCUGGGUCUCCCACUGCAGUUCGGAGGGGGUUACAGCAUCCGCGUGGACGAAGGGGCGGUGCGAAGCGCCCAGGACUGCGACCUCGUCCCACCGCCUCCAGCCGAGUGGGAGUUCGGCUUCGUCACCUUCUGUCCCGACGGUGGCGACUACGAGCCGCUCUCAGUUAGACCCACAGAAUCAUCUCCUUACCCUGGACAAAACUUCGCUGGUAGAAUGAUGAAGAUCGGCUUCAACAAACAGAUCCAGAAGCCCUUAAGACCAGCCUACAUCUCUCUUUUCGACUCUACCGACACCCUCCUCUUUCAAGUCGACGCUGCAUCUCCCGAUGUGUCUAUCGUCGAAGGUACUUCCCUUGGCUUCACCUUACCCUUGGAUCUCCCGCUGGAGUCCCAGGGCGAGUACAAGCUGCGUGUGGACGGCUGGGCGGCGCUCAGCGCCCAGGACUGUGAUCUGUCCCGGCCGGACACUGCCGAGUGGCGCUUCACUUUCCUGACUUUCUGCCAGGACGGAGGGGCCGACUUCGAACCCUUGGCCGUUGUCCCUCUCGAAUCGCAGCCAAGGCCUGGUGGAAACAUCUCUGGUUACGACGUCACAAUACAGUAUAACAAACCGAUCCGGAAGCCGUUGUCGCCCGCCCACGUGAGGAUUAUGAACUCGGAGGAGUCAGCUGUGUACGAGGUAGACACCACAUCAGAUGAGGUCACGAUCGAGGGCAGGGCCCUGAAGUUCUCUCUGCCGGUCGCUGCGUCGGUUUUCUUCGGGUUCGACUACAAGAUCGUAGUUGACGAGGGUGCGGCAAGAAGCACCAAGGAGUGCGAUGUUACGGUGCCCACUGGGGCUGAUUGGCGCUUCAAAUGGACUGGUCGUACAUCGCCGGCGGAACUUGAAAAGAAACCCGUGGUAAGCUCACAGCCGACAGGCAACGCAGACUGCCGUGAGAACUUCAUGCAGACGUUCGUGUCGAAGCGCUUGGUGGGUGGGAUCGACCCAACAUCCAUGUACCUGAACGACAAGAGCUGCACAGGGAGAGAAUACAACAAGACGCACUACGUCAUCGGAACGUCAUACGACGCCUGUCAGACGGUGCCCGAGGUGAUCGGGAAUGGAAGAAAAAUGGCAUUUAGGAACGUGGUCUACAUCCCACCUCAGCCCUACACCCCAGGCAGUGAGAUCACCAGAGACCAUUUCAUCGAGAUACAUCUGACCUGCCGCGUGCCAACCGACCGGAUCAGCUACCUGUCCUUCGAUCCCAACGUCACCACCAUCGUGUACUACGAGGAAGGCUACGGCAACUUCAACUUCUCCCUCCGCAUGUACGAGGACGAGAGCUUUGCCCGGGCCUACCGGCCACGGGAGUUUCCCGUGGGGGUCCAGCUUGACCAACCUAUGCACUUCGAGGGGCGCGUGACCUGUGACGGGAACUGCGACCUCAUGAUUGACAACUGUUGGGCCACACCUACGUCAAACCCCUUUGAUGUUACCCGAUUUCCAUUCAUUACCAAAGGCUGCCCAGUUGAUGACACCGUUGUGCUGUUGGACUCCCCCUCAAGCAAAAGGGAACGAUUUGCUAUUAACUCUUUUGCCUUCUUGGGCGACAACAUCCACGGAACGGUAUACGUGCACUGCGACAUGAGAAUUUGUGACGUGAAUGACCCCAACUCUAGAUGCACCAUGGGAUGUGACUCCGACAGCCCAUCAUCUCCCGGGAUACCAUCUCCAGAUGACAAUGUGCUCCGGCCAGAGGUACCAAACCGAGGCGAUGUGCCGCACAGUGAGCUGCCUCAACGCCGAAAGCGCGACCUCACAAGAGUGGGCUCCUCCUCAGCCGCCUAUCCGAGCACUGGCGGCCAGUUGAGAUUUGAUGGUGAAAAGAUUGAUGCCAAUCAAAACCAAAUGAAGAUGGCCGUCAAUCCAGACGUCGUGGAGAUUGCCAUGUUGGGCACCAUCAUCUUCCUACUGGUUGUUCUAGUUUUCAUGCAGUGCAGACGGACAAGUGGGGCGGCCGGAAAAGAUUCCACAUUGGAAGUAUAAAUUGUGGUGAUGAAGUGAUGAAGACUGAUAGUAAUUUCCUCUGAUAUGUGAAUCUGCGUAAUUGAGAUAUGUGGCAAGAAAGAAAGAGAAAUAUCCUCUUUAGAAAUUAACCGAAGUAUUUCUGUUUCAAUAUCUGCAAUAACUUGUGUUCACAAUAUAUCAAGCAUCGUUACCAAAACAGUAUUUCCUUUUUUAUAUGUACUCGAUUUUCUGCGUGCAAGUUCAGUGCAGUGCGGCAAUUGGCAAUUCUGUGUAUGAUUACACCAAAAGAGCCUGGUUUUACCCAGUGAUACAAUAUUCACGAUUAUUUCACAACGUCAAUCUGCCCAACGAUUGAUAUUUUCAGGUAUUAUAAUUAUAUUGUACAAUAUUAUGAGUGUUCUGAAUCCGAUAAAUGUAUUUCUAAAGAUAAAUUUUGCAAUAUUGACAUUUAAAGGCUGUAAAUUCUUCACAUGCUCAGUAUAGAGAAAUUGUAACAAGUUAAAGCAAUCAGUAUUAUUGUUCUUUCAACAAUUUCAUCCAUGACGUAAGUCCCACAAAUAUACAGGGUAAAUACGUGCAAAUGGUAAGAAGCUGUUUAUGCAAUUAUGUUUAUUUGGGAGAUUUUACCAGCCAUCGUAUUGUUUUGAGCAAUCGGCAGAGAAUAUCUCUGGGUAUAGGCCUAAUAAUAUAUUUCAGGUUUUGAUUGAAGAUUUAAAGAAAAAAGUCCAGCAUUUAUUGCACAGUAACAAUUAAGACAUAUUCAGUAUUAGAACAAUUUAAUGCGUAUGUUUUAUACAAGGCUGUCAUUGUAAAUAGAAAACACCUAAGAAAUUUGUAUACACCAUAUUUAUCGACUGUGCAGAAAUUAACAUUGGUCGUCCUGCAGAUAAUGUGUUUCUGCUUAACUAAAUUUUGUGUAAGGAUUUAACGAUUGGAAUUACCCAUACCCAAUGCAAAUAUUAUGCUUUCUCUCUGAUGAUCAUUGUUAAUUUCGAUAACUUGUUUUUAUUAAGUUCAGUACAGUGUAAUUUAGCAUCAAACGAUUGUGGCGGUUAUGACACCUUGAUUAGUGCUGCAUCUUAAAAACUGGUUUCACGGUGUCAAAAUUGUUUGUGUGUAAAGUUUAAAUCUAUACCAAAUAUCAGUAUUUUAAUUGGUUCAAAGCAGUGCCAAACAAUGCAAUUACUGUUAUCGAUUAUUAAUGUUGUCUAUCUGGUCAAAGGCUUGUAUAAAGUGACUUGUGUAUUCUCGCUAUUCGGUAUUUUUUAUAUAAAGUGCUUGCCGUUUGUACAGCUGAUCACAUAUUGUGCUAUUUGAUAUGAAAUAAAAAGCAUGGAAAAUAUAUCCACUUGGAAAUCUGUGUAAUAUA